UUUUUCUUUGCUGGUUCACAAGGCGGGCGGGGGAAUGACAGGAUUGCCAUUUGGAAACAACAGGACAGCUUGAAAGCCCUUUUAGAAAUAACGGGAGCCAGGAAUGCUAAUUGACUUGCACGGGCUCCAUUGAAAUCCAUUACAGCACUAAAAAAAAGUUGCAAUGAAGAUGUGGAAUGGAUUUCCAAUGAAGGUCUCCGGUGUGAAACCUUGAUAAGUCCUGCAGGGCCCGGAUCUCCAGUGGGAGCUCAUUCCACCAGAUGGCAGUUCUGAGGAGGAACGGACAGCACCAGGACCAGACGAGGCUGGCCUAAACGAUGAGGCUAAACGAGCGGCUGACGAGACCCUUCCAAGCCCCCGCCUCCAUCCAAAGAUACCCCGGUAGCCAAGUUGCCUUGUUCAGAAAUGGGCAAUCUGAUCUGGAGGACUCUUCAGAGGAGGAACUGGAUGUCAUGGAGUUGCGAGCCAGAGGGAGAGAACAACAGAGGAGCAACGCUGGCCGGACUAAAGCCGGGGAUGUGAUGCUGCUGGAAAGAGAAGUGGCCGAAGACGACAGUCUGAAUAAGUUGGCUCUCCAGUACGGUUGCAAAGUUGCAGAUAUCAAGCGGAUCAACAACUUCAUCCGGGAGCAGGACUUGUACGCUCUAAAAUCAAUCAAGAUCCCCAUUAAGGUCAAUGGCAUUUUAACUGAGACCAGCGAAACGUCUUUGGCUCCGCAGAGCUCUGGUUUGUCGCCCACCGAACUGCCUGGCUCUCCAGGCACAGGGAGCCUCUCCGCGGACGGCAAGCAAAUUGAUCGGUAUUUCAGAGGGAUUGACCAGAACAUUGAGCAAGCGGCGCAGGUCGAGGCCUCCUUCAGCUCAGACUAUUGCGUUGAAACGCCAGACUGGUCGCCCCCAAAGCCAAAGAAGCCCAGCAGCGGGGCAGACUGCGGGAUCCAGUGGUGGAACGCCGUCAUUGUGAUGCUUUUGGUAGGAAUUGUUUUGCCCGUGUUUUAUAUCGUUUAUUUCAAAACGCAAGCGUCAGGGGUGGCUGCCCACGCCACCAACACAACCGUCCCUGUCAGCAACUCCUCGCGUGGAUCGGUGGCAGGAGUCUUGGUAUCCGUUUCGGGGGCUGGCCACCCACCCACGCCGCAUGCCCCUAAAACGAAAGCGGCCAUCUUGUCCGGUGAAUGACUUCUCACACCAGGAAGGAAAAGAGUUGUAAAGAGGCUUGUAAGAGGGUGGGACAACUCAGAAAGGACACUGCGGAGAAAUCGGACUCCCGAGGCCCAGAGAGAUGGACAGCACCACUGCCGUGUAUUUAAACACCGUUCUGUCCCAGUUAGGUAGAAAAGGAGGAGUGUUUGCCACCCUUCUGACAGAAAAAGAGUGUCUAACAACUGACCUGCAUCUCAAGCGCACAGUUCAUUUUGGUUGUUAAAAUGGGAUACUUCCCUGCCACGUCUCUCCUCCUUUGACAUCAGGCCAAACCGCUGUCUCAACAAUCAGAUUUGCCACUGCUGUAUCUGGUUUUGUUUCUCGUGGCCUCUUUUCGGGCAUUUCCGGCUGAGGAUGCGGCUCACCGUGCUUUGAACAAUUAAAACCAAUUGUUUAA